AUGUCCUACUACGAUAACCCCCAGUGGUCGGCCCCGAGCCAGACCCCCAACAACUGGGAGCACCACGGCGCGACCACUCCUGUUCGCGCAGGUGCCAACGGACCACAGCCGCAGGACGACUACGCUUUUUCCUAUCAAUUUGACGAGGUUGAUCGUGCUCACGAAAACUUGCAAAAGUCUGGCAAAGGCUACAUGAUGAACGCUCGACAUGGUCGAAUGGGUGGCUCUCGUGCCCACUCUGUCAACAACUUCGACGACAGUCGUGGCUCUCAAGGAGCAAAUCUCCAUAAUUUCUAUGCUUCUCAGCGUCACCAGUCUUCGCGAGGCUCCAACGAGGCGGAGCAGGUCUUGCAGGCGAAGAGAAGGAUGGCGGCCCAGCGGGAGCGUGAGCUCCGAAACCUCCACACGGAGCAGCAAUAUCAGCGAAGUGUCUUGACUGAUGUUGCCGUCCAGCAGGGCAACAAGCAUAUGACCGAGGAGGAGACUCGUGAACUCAUUGCUCGCCAGCGCAGCGCUUUGUAUGGCGAAGGCAGCUUUGCGGACAAGGCCAGCUACAUUGACGAGACUGGUGCCGUCCGCACCGGUGCCCCUGGUCCCAGCGGCCCUGCAAGCCUGCGAGGCCACUCCCCCCUCACAUACGACACCAUUGGCCGCGUCCCCCAGGCUGACGUGGGAACUCCCGGAUCGGCGGCUGAUGUCAACGCGGCUGAUCCCGGCUCGCGACCCCAGAGCACUGCCAGCCCCCAGACCAGCGGCCCGACCAACAAGGUCUUUGACAACGCCGUCGGUUCCCAGAGCCGGACCAGCACGUCCAGCCCGACCAGCGGAUCGCCUCCCCGUGGAGAUUUCGGACCCGGCUCCAAGUCUUCCCAGGGAGCUGCUGUUGCCCCCAUCGGAACUCGUCCCACCGGAACACCCACGGCCAACGCCUCUGCCAAGCGCUCGAGCACUCCCCAUGCUACUUCUGGUGGAUGGGGCCGUGGUAACGGUGUCUGGGGCGGUUCUGGCCUCGGUGCUCAGGCCAGCGUUUGGGGUUAA